AUGUCCAGUGCCAUCCCGUUUGUUCCAUCAGCGAGCUUCACUACCACUAUCAUCCAACCACAUCCAAACACACAUGGAACGAUAGUCAAGCUUUCUGCAAUCGACCAAAUCGCUCCAAGAGAUUAUAUCUCAUCAUACCUGUUCUUUCCCGUGUCACAAAAUGCGGAUACCAGACAGAUCUUUCAUCUCUUUGGGCGGGCUCUAGUCAACACGAUCAGUGACAUCCCAGAACUUGCAUGUUCUGUACGACGGCGCAUCGGAAACGAUCGGGAAGAAGUUGAGCUUCUCUUCGAUAGCAGCCAGGGCGCUAGGCUUAACUACAGGGAUUACACGGCACCGGAGCUUCAGACUUUAUGGAAGUUCGUUCAGGGUGCCAGUAUUCCGGCGUUAGUACUUCAGUGUAACUUCAUAUCUGGGGGUCUUAUACUCGGAACCUGCCUCCAUUUGCACAACCGCCAGAGAUGCCAGUUGUACAACAGAAGCAUUACGCAUGUGGCGGGCGAUGGCGUCUGCAACUUUAUCUUGCACAAGACAAUAGGCAUGCACUUGGCUGCCAUUACCAAAGGACUCGGCCUCCGAUCUUUUCCAAUCACGCCUCUGGAUCGAAGCUCAGUUGUUGAGGGCGAACAAGGCGUGGUUUUAGAGGGCUUUCCCGAUUGGAAGCUCACAGAAGACUCUUCAACCUUCUUGAAUCCGACAGCCUACGAAGCUGCUGAGGUUCAGUCAGUGGAGCAUGGGGUAUUCUCCAUCUCUGCAGAGAAGCUUUCCCUGCUCAAGAAUCAUGUCCUGAAAGGCGCCACAAAUACCAGAUUGAGCACGACUGAAGCUGUAUGCGCUUUUCUUUGGCGCCACGUUGUUCUAGCCAGGCAGAUAGACCAUCAUAAGUACCCUGAGGCUAAGCUAUCGAUCACUGUUGACGCGAGAGAGCGAAUGGAAAAUCCACCACUACCGUCUAAUUAUUGGGGAAAUUUUGCGGAGCCGAAUGCGGUCGCCAGGGCAUCUGUUGCUUGUCUUCAGAAUGAAGAAGAUGGAGGCAAGACCUAUGUGGAGUUGGCGAGUAGCGUCAAGCGAGCCAUUGCUGCAGUCAAUGACAAAGCAGUUAGGCGUCUUGUUGGGCUGCUCAAUCAGAUGCCAAAGAGUACCUCCUUGACUUGGAAUGUUGACCGAUACCCAGGGCCGGACAUGCUCAUAGUCUGUCUCCAAGCGCAUAGAUAUAACGACCUUUAUUUCGGGCGUGAUCUUGGAUAUCCUUCUGCAUUUCGGGUCACCGUUGGAGACACUGAGGGAAAGCCUGACGGUCGUUGCAUUAUCCUACCACCACGUCGUGCGGAAGGUAGUGGUCUAGAGCUGAUUCUGCAAUAUGAUAGUUGCACUUUGGAGAGGCUUGAGAAAAACGCUGAAUUUAGCAGGUUCUUUGUACGUCGUAACUAG